GUCGCCGUUCUCUCUUUUUUUUCGUUCCUGCACUCUGCGUGUCUUCGCACACGAUUUGGCCUGUGGCGGACGGGCGCUUUUCUCGGUUGCGCUUUGUGUCCUUCCUCCCCGCGGCCCUACAUUUUCUCGGAAAUUUGUUGUGGUUCCUGUCUCCGGACCAUGAUGUUCCUCCGUGUGGGUGCUGGGCGUGGACUGCUCUGCUCUUGUGGUACUCUCGUGGCGGGAUCUGUGGGUGUUGGGUUCUGUUUUUGUUGUGGUUUUGUGUGCAUCGUUUGUGCGGUGGGAUUAGGGCGGGGCCCGCGGCGGUGGGGGGGGGCUCAGAGGUGGCCCUUAAGAUGAUCCGCAACAACGACACGAUGCGGAAAGCGGCGCAGAAGGAGGUGGCGCUCUUGAAAGAGCUCGCAGAGCACGACCCCUUGAACAAGAAGCACUGCAUCCGAUUGCUGUGCAGCCUGGAGCACAAGCAGCAUGUGGUGAUGGUGUUCGAGUCUAUGCAGAUGAAUCUCAGGGAGACCCUCAAGAAAUUCGGGCGGAAAACGGGCAUCAACAUCCACGCUGUCCAGAAGUACGGCAAGCAACUAUUGGCGGCGCUGAAGCACAUGGCCUCCCGCAACCUAGUGCACGCCGACAUCAAGCCCGACAAUAUCCUCGUCGAUCAGGGCUUCGGCUCGCUCAAGCUGGCUGAUUUCGGGUCGGCGUUCCGUAUUACCGACCCGGACAACGACCCGACGCCUUACCUCGUGAGUCGCUGGUACCGCGCUCCGGAGAUCGUGAUGGGGCUGGAGUACGACAAAGCCAUCGACCUAUGGUCCGUGGCCGUGACGUUGUUCGAGCUGUACAAGGGCUCCCCCGUUCUUCCCGGGGUGAACAACAACGAGAUGUUGAAACGGAUGAUGGAGUUCAAGGGCCCCGUUCCGACACGCAUGGUCAAGAGCCACAUGCGGGCGUUCGAGACUAUGGGAGGCAUUCGCCCGCACUUCACGGAGGGGGGACAGUUCAUGCAGCAGGAACCGGAUCCGGUGUCAGGGCAAACGACGGUCCGGCUGGUGACCGUCACGGCCCCGUCCCGACCCAUCAAGAGCGACAUCAUGCGCAGCAAGGGUGCCCAAGACAAGAAGGAAACCGUCGCAGACCUGGCAGACUUUCUCGACAAGUGCAUGGCUCUCGACCCAAAGCAGAGGAUAUCCUUGGGACAGUGCUCCGCCCACAGCUUCUUACGCCGUGCGUAACAAGACCGGCCGUGGUGGAAAAGGCAGUCUACGCAUGUGCGGCGUAGGCUCGCCGAUUGGCCAUGGUGUUGGUAAUGAGGCGCACUGUGAUUGGUCAAUGCAGUAUAUGUGCCGCGUGAGUGCGUCACUUGGUGUCUGGUCGAUGCAUGCAAUCAUACAUGGCAAGCCUAGAGUCCCGUUCGAUUCGAUACGGUUGCAGUCCGUUGUGUAGGCUUUGCCGAGAGCGGGCUCUAACAAAGAGUUUCCUGCGCCAAGCAUGAAGAAUCAUGAUUGGCCGAUGAAACCGGAGGAGAACCGAGAUGUAUGUGUCGAAUAUUUCUGGUUUGUAAGUGUUCUCAAGCGGAUUGACGCUUUUGUUUUUCGCGGAUGCAGCAAAAGUAUUUCGUGUCCUGUUUGCCGUGCAUUGGUGCCGAACCCUAUCUUUGGGAUGUAACAUAACGCAUUGGAUGGAUUACGCGUGGAGAAAUUAAGAACGAACAGACGCCACCUGCUAUCUGCUGUGGUGUACUUUCCCGGCGUUUCGGCGAUUAACUGAUUGACCUACAUCGCUUCAGAAGGUAUGGUGAUCAACAAAAGUACCCGCCUCUAAAGGUGACGUUUCAUGUGUUGGUGGGACUGAUGGAUGGUUGCCUAGUUUGUGACCUAGUUUGUGAAUGCCAAAACUUCCUUUGUUUUCGCGAAUUU